CUCCCCGCAGGGACUCCGCCUCCUCCUAUGUGAGGUCUGACCCAGUGAUCACUGAGGAACCAAGCCAUCGUCAUGGAGUUCGUGAUGAAACAGGCCCUGGGAGGGGCCACCAAGGACAUGGGGAAGAUGCUGGGGGGUGAUGAGGAGAAGGACCCCGAUGCCGCCAAGAAGGAGGAGGAGCGCCAGGAAGCGCUGCGGCAGGCGGAGGAGGAGCGCAAGGCCAAGUAUGCCAAGAUGGAGGCUGAGCGAGAGGUCAUGCGGCAGGGCAUCCGCGACAAGUAUGGCAUCAAGAAGAAGGAGGAGCGUGAGGCUGAGGCCCAGGCCGCCAUGGAGGCCAACUCAGAGGGCAGCCUGACCCGGCCCAAGAAGGCCAUCCCACCCGGCUGCGGAGAUGAGCCGGAGGAGGAGGACGAGAGUAUCCUGGACACGGUCAUCAAGUACCUGCCCGGGCCCCUGCAGGACAUGUUCAAGAAGUAACACGGCCUGGACAGCUGGGAGCGAGAGCCCUGCCUGCCCCCUGUACAGACCCUCUCAGAGGCCCCCAGGGACGUCGGGAGCAGCACGGCCCCCACGCCACUAUAAGCCAUAGUCCUAGGUCCACCCUGCCCGCGCCCCUACUGCACUGGCCCUGCCACCCCCGCCGAGGCCCAGGGCACAGCCCUCUGUGCUGGCUGGCCCCCCCCCCUCGCACCCACCACCCCCACCAGCCCCUCGCCCAGCCUGGGCAUGGUCCGUGCAUCACGGCACCGCGGGGUUCACACUCAGGAGCACAGCCAUAGCGGGGGUGGAUGUCUGGGCCGGGAGCAGUGGCGCCUGGUCCACUGCUCACAACCUGGGUUGCUGGGCCUGAUAAACCCUGCUUGUCUUCCUGUUGGCUCUACCCACACCCCCCGCCCAGGCCUCACUUUCUGUGUCCCUCCCUCCCUCCUCUGGGAGGCUCCUCAGCCUGUUCCCAUCUCAGCCAAGGGAAACAAAGAAACAGGUCUGGCGUUCCCAGACACCUCUGCAGUGCAGACUUGCGACCUGCCGCCCCCUGGCUGUUGUCCCCAUCCCGAGGGGCUCCUGCCCUUGCCCAGGGACACCCACACUCCAGUGCUUGGGAGACUUGAGGACACGGGGGCAAGGACAGGCAGGCCGGGGGCUCAGCUGUCCCUGCCGUUCCUCCAAAGUGUGUGCAGCACUUGGGGUGGGGCUGAGGGGCUCCUUGUGCCCAGACCAGCAGAUACCAGGGAGAUGGCAGAAAGACCCCAGUGCAUCCGCCCCACCCUCCCAUUCCCUGUUUGCCUCCCCCAUGUUUAAUUUGCAUCACAAUAUGUUGAAUCUCAGGUAAAUGAGGUCUUUGGUAUUUGAUGAGUUUUACCUUGACAGAAAGGCUGUUGCCUCGCACCCCCUGGCCCUUUCUGUCCACAUCAAAACUGCAUUCAGUGUCCACGGGUGGCAGGCCGGGGCCGUGGCAUGACACUGACCUUCAUGACCUUACAUAGCUCUUAGAGAAGCCAUAUCAAUUAGACUGCAAUACUAACCGCGGACACCCCUCCGUCCAAAGAGGCGAAGCAUGCCCGGCGCCCGCGCCCUGCUCGCCCCUGCCAUCCUCUGCUCCUCCUGGGUCCACGUCUUUUUAAAAUGCUUGUUUCCACAUGUUGAAAGGCCAGCUCCGAGCAGCCUGGGCGUUCUCUUGUGUCAACCCCAAAUCCCGUGGCCAGUGCAUGGGUGCCCAGGGCCGCCGAGCUUAGCUAGAUUGUGUCACUGUCUGUCUGUCCUUGCACCUGGCCUCCUCCUGCAUGUCGGGGGCCCUUGUGUGUGGUCUCUCUGGAUGGAAUCACAGCUAAUAAACAGUGAUUUCACACCCUG